AUGGAACCCGAACGAAAACGUAGAUUCACCCGCAGAAAUCCACUCUCCGAUCGCACCAACAUUCCUCCUUCUUUCUCCGUUCCCGUCAAAUCAACCAAACUCAAACCUUCUUCUAUCCCGUUCAAAAAAUCAUCCACCAAAUCCACCUUUUCCACCAACGUUGCCGCGAAUCUUGACGCCGCCUCAAACCCUAGCUCUUUCGCACCGGCCUUUGUUUCAACGCCUUUGCCCAAAUCAUGGUCUCUUCGUGGGGUUGUUGAUUGUGAGGCUUUUGCGCCUCUUUCUGUAGUCUAUGGCCGAAGACAUUCUUCAAAUGAAAAGAAUGAUAAAGAGAAGGAAGUGGUUGUUCCUGCUAGAAGCGUGCCCAUUAAAAGGAAGGAUAGAGGGAAGGAAGUAGACAUUUCUACAACUAGCACACCCAUGGAUAAAUUGAAGGAAGUGGUCGUUCCUUCAAGUAGCGCGUCAAUUAAAAGGAGGGAUAAAGGGAAGGAAGUGGACAUUUCCGCAAGUAGCACACCCAUGGAUAAAUGGAAGGAAGCUGUCAUUCCUUCAAGUAGCGCGCCCAUUAAAAGGAGGGAUAAAGGGAAGGAAGUGGACAUUUCCGCAAGUAUCACGCCCAUAGAUAAAUGGAAGGAAGCUGUAAUUUCUUCAAGUAGCGCGUCCAUUAAAAGGUGGUAUAAAGGGAAGGAUGUGGACGUUCCUUCAAGUAGCGGGUCCAUGGAUAAAUGGAAGGAGGUUAUUCAUGCAAGUAGCACACCCAUUAAAAAGAAUGAUAAAGGGAAGGAAGUGGACAUUCCUUCAAGUAGCACAUCCAUGGAUAAACAAAAGGAAGUGGUCAUUCCUGCAAGUAGCACGUCCGUGGAUAAAAGGAAGGAAGUGGUCUUUCUUGCAAGUAGCACGUCUGUGGCUAAACGGAAGAAAGUGGUCAUUCUUGCCAGUAGCACACCUGUGGAUAAACGGAGGGAAGUGGUCAUUCCUGCAAGUAGCACUCCCGUGGAGAAACGGAGGGAAGUGGUCAUUCCUGCAAGUAGCACGUCCAUUACAAGGAAGUAUAAACGGAAGGAAGUGGACAUUCCUUCAAGUAGCAUGUCCAUUUCAAGGGUCUUUAGUUCUAGAAAGCCAAGUGAUGAUGGGGUUGAAGGUGCAAACCUACUCAAGGCCAAGGCUUUCUCAGUCCCUUGUAAAAAGAAGCAACGUGCCAGGUCAUCUAAACAGGAUAUUGUGUACACGGAUCCCAUCCUGCAAGAUUAUCUAAAAAAACAGAACGCAUACUUUAAAAUGAUUGAUGAAUUUGAACUCUUAGAAGAGGAGGUUGAAUCGCUUAGUGAUAGCUAG